ACCAACUUGAACUUUUAAACGAAUGGGACAGUCUUGUGUGAGACCUCUGAGUUUCCUUCCCCUCCGUUCAUCAAACUCUCGGCCGUUCUCGACAGCCUCCACUGAGUUUUCAAUCCUAUGUUCUCAAGGUUACCUAAAAGAAGCGUUCAAUAAGUUCUCUUUCCUAAUAUGGGACAGCCCAUCUCAUUUCUCGUACCUUCUACAAUCAUGCAUCGAAAAAAAAUCUUUUUCCCUCACCAAACAGCUGCAUUCUCUCAUACUAACCUCUGGCUGUUUCAAAGACAAAUUUGUUGCCAACCACCUCCUUAAUGCUUACACUAAGUUGGGUCAGCUAGAUACUGCGGUUUCACUGUUUGAAAAAUUGCCUAAAAGAAAUGUCAUGUCUUUUAACAUUUUGAUUGGUGGGUAUGUACAAGUUGGCGAUUUGGAUAAUGCCUCUAAGCUGUUUGAUGAAAUGGGUGAGAGAAAUUUGGCUUCUUGGAAUGCAAUGAUCACUGGGUUGACUCAGUUUGAGUUCAAUGACAAGGCAUUGAGUUUGUUUUCACAAAUGCAUGGAUUGGGUUACUUGCCUGAUGCAUUUACUCUUGCAAGUGUUUUAAGAGGUUGUGCUGGCUUGAAGGAUGUGAAUAAGGGCAGGCAGGUUCAUGGUUGUGUAUUGAAAUUGGGCUUAGAGGACCAUCUGGUUGUUGCAAGUUCAUUGGCGCAUAUGUAUAUGAAGUCUGGUAGCUUAAGAGAAGGGGAGAUAGUGAUCAAGUCAAUGCCAGCUCCAACUGUAGCGGCUUGGAAUACCCUUAUUACUGGUAAGGCUCAGAAUGGAUGUUUUGAGGGUACAUUCGAGCUGUAUAAUUUAAUGAAAAUCGCUGGGUUUAGACCAGAUAAGAUAACAUUUGUUAGCGUGAUCAGCUCGUGUUCGGAGCUGGCUACAAUAGGACAGGGGCAGCAAAUUCAUUCUGAGGUUAUAAAAACUGGAGCAGUUUCUGUGGUUGCAGUUGUUAGUUCCUUGAUUAGCAUGUAUUCAAAAUGUGGGUGUUUAGAUGAAGCUGAGAAGAUUUUUGAGGAAAGGGAGGAAGCUGAUAUUGUUUUAUGGAGUGCUAUGAUUUCUGCUUAUGGGUUUCAUGGGAGAGGAAAGAACGCGGUUGGGUUGUUUCAUCGCAUGGAGCAGGAAGGACUGGUACCUAAUGACGUGACUUUCUUGAGUUUGCUCUAUGCCUGUAGUCAUAGUGGGAUGAAGGACGAAGGGCUUGAAUUUUUCAACUGUAUGGUGGAAAAGUACAAUGUGGAACCUCAACUGGUGCACUAUACAUGUGUGGUUGAUCUCUUAGGAAGAGCAGGCCGUUUGCAGGAGGCCGAAGCUCUUAUUAGAUCUGUGCCUGUGAAGCCUGAUGCUAUCAUAUGGAAGACGUUGCUAUCGGCCUGUAAAAUUCAUAAAAAUGCCGAUAUGGCUAGAAGUAUAGCUGAAGAAAUUUUGAGGAUUGAUCCUCAGGAUUCAGCUUCAUAUGUGCUCGUUGCUAAUGUUCAUGCAUCUGCCAAAAGGUGGAAGUAUGUUUCUGAAGUGAGGAAAUCAAUGAGGGAUAGAGGAGUAAAGAAAGAACCAGGAAUAAGCUGGCUGGAGUUGAAGAACCAUGUUCACCACUUUAUUAUGGGUGAUAAAUCUCAUCCACAGUUUGAAGAGGUUGAUGCAUACUUAAAGGAAUUGAUUGCAGAACUGAAGUUAGAGGGCUAUGUUCCUGAUACGGGGUCCGUUUUGCAUGAUAUGGACUUAGAGGAAAAAGAGCACAACUUGGUCCAUCACAGUGAAAAAUUAGCAAUUGCUUUUGCGCUAAUGAACACCCCUGAGGGUUUUCCAAUUAGGAUAAUGAAGAAUUUACGAAUUUGUGGCGAUUGCCAUGUGGCUAUUAAGUACAUAUCCAAGAUCAAAAAGCGAGAAAUUAUUGUACGCGAUGCCAGUAGGUUUCAUCACUUCAAAGAUUGCUGUUGUUCUUGUGGAGAUUAUUGGUGACAAUUUGACUGUAGGUAAUGGUCGUUCCCCCUUUUCUCAUAUCGAGACUAUUUAUGAACCAUUGUUUCCUCUGUUAGAUGUAACAAUAUUCAAACCUUGAAAGAGAUUCACAAAAAUUAAAUCUUUUAUUUAUUUUCAUUCAUAUUGAAAAGUGAAUACAGUAUUUCUGAGAA